AUGCCGACAGUAACUUCAAUUAUUUUCAGGAGGGUGGCACAAGAGCUCGGUGUCUCCAUUGGGGAAGAAGUUGGUUAUGCUAUUCGGUUUGAAGACCGAACUUCAGAAAAGACUAAGAUCAAGUACCUCACAGAUGGUGUUCUUCUGCGGGAAAGCCUUUCAAAUCCUGAGUUGAAGCAAUACUCAGUAAUUAUCUUGGACGAAGCUCAUGAACGUAGCUUGAACACUGAUAUCCUUUUAGGUUUAAUGAAAAGAUUGAUCAAACAUCGAGCUUCAGAUUUGAAAGUUCUCAUCACUUCGGCGACUCUCGAUGGUUUGAAAGUGUCAAAUUUCUUCUCUGGAUGUCCUGUGUUGAACAUCCCUGGAACUAUAUUCCCUGUGGAGAAGUUUUACAGCACAGAUCGUCCAACAAAUUAUAUUGAAUCUUCUCUCAGAACAGCUAUAGAUAUACAUGUUAAGGAAGCUCCUGGGGAUGUAUUAAUAUUUAUGACAGGAAAGGAUGACAUCGACAAGAUGGUGUCAAAAUUGGAGGAAAGAAUUCAAAAUCUUGAGGAAGGAUCUUGUAUGGAUGCUCUUGUCCUACCACUCCAUGCUACAAAUCACUUUAAAAAGGUCCCAACUCCCAAUUACAAAAAUUUCAUGGUUCGGGUAUUCUCUCCAGCACCUCCAAAUUGUCGACGGUUCAUUGUUGCAACAAAUGUAGCUGAAACUUCGUUAACUGUAGAUGGUGUUGUGUUUGUUGUUGAUUGUGGUUAUGUAAAGCAACGCCAGUAUAAUCCAUCAACUGGAAUGUAUUCACUUGAUGUAGUUGAGAUUAGCAGAGUGCAAGCUGACCAGCGAGCUGGACGAGCUGGAAGAACUCGGCCUGGCAAGUGUUAUAGAUUAUACCCAAGUUCCAUCUACCAAAAGGAGUUUCUCGAGGCUACAAUUCCAGAAAUUCAACGAACCUCCCUUGCUGGAAGUGUUCUGUAUCUGAAAUCAUUAAAUCUUCCUGAUAUCGACAUUCUAAAGUUUGAUUUCCUCGACCCACCAUCACGUGAAUCAUUAGAAGAUGCUUUGAGGCAGUUAUACCUCAUUGAUGCAAUUGAUGAAAGUGGGCAAAUAACAGAUGUUGGACGCCUUAUGGCAGAGCUCCCUCUUGACCCUUCGCUUUCAAGGACUUUGAUUGAAGCUAAUGAACUGGGAUGUCUGUCUCAGGCAUUAACUGUUGCUGCAGUCUUGUCCGCUGAAAUCACACUGCGGCAAACUAGAAACAAGGAUAUGGAAGGAAAGAGAAAACGGCAAGAGCUCUCUGAUGGUUCUGGCUGGGGUGACCAUGUACAAUUGCUUCAAAUAUUUGAAAGCUGGGAUCAAGCAGACUAUGAUCCAAGAUGGUGCUCAGAACAUGAUUUACAGGUACGGGGCAUGAAAUUCAGCAAAGAUGUGAGAAACCAAUUAAGUCAGAUUAUUCAAAAAAUUGCUAAAGGAUCACAUGCACCCAUUAAUGGCUUUGAGACUUGUGUUCCAAAAAAUCCACACCUUUACAAGGGCAUUCCAAAUGCUCUUCCACCAUCAGCUCUAAACCAUGCAACGUUGGGUCCAACAGAUUUGCAAGCAAGGAGAGGACGGAAGAGUGACCCUGACUACAGAAAAUUGAGGAGAGCACUUUGUGUAGGAUAUGGCAACCAGUUAGCUGAGAGGAUGAUUCAUCAUAAUGGUUACCAUACGGUUGGAUACAGGACACAACUUGUGCAGGUGCAUCCAUCUUCUGUACUGGAAGGGGAUGAAUACGGGAAACUGCCUGUGUAUGUCGUCUACCACGAACUAAUAAAUACUACCCGCCCUUUCAUGAGAAAUGUUUGUGGGGUCGAGCAGACUUGGGUUAAACCAAUCUUGAAGAAGCUUGAGAAACUGAACAUAAACAAAUUAAGCGGCGGUUCAAGUGCGUUGAUAGAUUACGAACCUCUAGAGGAGAAGCAACCAGGCUCGCCGACAAAAGCUGCAGCUGCUAAGCAAUCUGAUGUGGAUAGUAAAAUCCAGGCGGCCCGAGAGCGCUACCUUGCACGAAAAGGCAAGAAGUGA